AGCCGCGCUAAGAUGGCGACUCCCAUGCAUCGGCUCAUAGCCCGGAGACAAGCCGAAGCAAAUAAGCAACAUGUAAGAUGUCAAAAAUGCUUGGAAUUUGGACAUUGGACUUAUGAAUGCACAGGGAAAAGAAAAUACCUACAUAGGCCUUCAAGAACAGCAGAACUGAAGAAAGCUUUAAAGGAAAAAGAAAACAGAUUAUUGCAACAACAAAACAUUGGAGAAACUAAUGUAGAAAGAAAGACCAAGAAAAAAAGGUCUAAGAGUGUAACCAGUUCCAGUAGCAGUAGCAGUGACAGUUCGGCCAGUGAUUCUUCAUCAGAGAGUGAAGACACGUCUCCCUCGUCCUCGUCUGAGGACAGUGACACUGACGAAAGCUCCUCCAGCUCGUCGUCCUCAGCCUCUUCCACAAGCUCCUCCUCAUCCUCCGAUUCAGACUCAGAUUCCAGCUCUUCCAGCAGUAGCAGCACCAGCACGGACAGCAGCUCUGAAGAUGAGCCGCCGAAGAAGAAGAAAAAGAAAUAGAACUGCUCUACCCUGUUGGACUGAUGGACCGAAAACUUUAUCUGAUUCUCAAAAGGGAAUUUAGAAUGUGUUAAAGCCAAGUAGGUUAAUUGGCCAAAAUUUUGAGAGCUCAGAAGUGUCUAAAUGUUUUACAUUGUAAGAGUAUAAAAAGUAUUAAUGGAUUAUAGAUAUAGAUAGAUAUAUAUAUAUAUACUUUUUUAUUUUAAGGGUGAAUCUUGUUUUUCUUUUUUAUCUUAAAAAUAUAUCUCUAGCAAUUAAAAGCUGAAGUCCAGUAAAUCAAUUUUUGUAAUAAAACUUAUCUUCUGCCCUGGCUGGUGUGGCUCAGUUGGUUGGGCAUCAUCCUGUGCACCAAAAGGCUGCUGAUUUGAUGCCCAGUCGGGCACAUGCCUGGGUUGCGGGCUUCCCCCGUGGGGGCGUGCAUUGGCAGCCGACUGAUGAUCGGCUCUUACAUUGAUGUUUCCCUCCCUCCCUCCCUUCCUCUCUCCCUCUCUCUUUCUCUCUCUUCCUCUCUCCCCCUCUCCCUUCUUCUCUCUCUAAAAAAAUCAAUAAAAAAAUCUUUUAAAAAAACUUAUCUUUUCUCCCUGUGAAAUCAAUGCAAUACUUUGUUACUUGUUAGUGUUAUGUAUGCCACAUGUUUUCAGGCUAAUGCAUCAGAACAUCUGGCAGUGAAUUUCUAAUGCUUUGGCUGUGUGCUAUUACAUCAGAUUUAAUACAUUGUUAUUAUAAGCUUAGGAGUUUUCCUAUUGUUAAUAAAUGUGCUCUAUUUUUAUGUUUAUGUUCAGAAAGCUAUUUUGACUUCUGUCCUAAAUGAAAGUUCAAGGAACCUAUUAAUAUAUUUCUACUUUUUUGAUGGAACAAGUUUCAAGUUACUGUGUUGUAUCAUUCAUUUUCUUCUGAUUCUUAGAGAUACUUUUCUGAGGAACAUCAUUCUAGAGGAACUUAAAAAGGAACAAAAAUUUUUAAACUACUUAGAAAUCUUGGUGCCUUUUGAUAAAUUCAGUGUAUCAGAAAACAGUCAUUUAAAAGGCUAACAAGUAAAAGUGAUACAAAUAUCUUUGUGGGUUAAUAUGCUAUAAAAGGUACCAUUCAAAGGGGAAAAGAAAGGAGGAAGGAAGGAAGGUAAUCUUUACAGAAAAUUAGGACAAUGUCAGUUGCCUUUUAUUAAGAACUUUUUAAGCUUUCUUAAGGAUUGCCUUUUACCGUUUUUACGAUUGCAGUAGUACAGUUUAUGUGGUAACUGGUCAUGUACAGUAGUCUACUGCAUAAGUAUGAAAGACUUGGAUUAAUCAGGUGUGUUGACUUAGCACAUACACACUUGAAAUCUAGCAUGAAAGCUUAAAAAUACUGCACAAUAUUUCUUAAAAGUUACUCUGCUGUGGUGAGAUUGUUUACUUUAACAUCACACGUUACUCUGUGAUGCCUUUUAAACUUUUUGGAAAAAUGCAUCAUUUGUAGAGAAAUCUUGAUUUGGGUUCAAUAUAGGUUUUUUAAACUAUGAAUGUUAUCUUUUUUAUAUUUUUAUGAGAAAGUGGGAGAAAAUUACUUUGGAAGAAAAUGGGCUUCUAUUUAAAUGUUGAAAUAUAUGUAUGUUGUGAGUUUAAGGAGACUGCAAUUACCUGUAAGUUUUACAGAACCACCUGCUUUCAGUGAUUGUAAAUAAACUCUCAAAACAUCCUU